AUGGCCAACACAACAUCCGUACUCAAUGACGAGGUCCUCGUGCAGAAUGGAGACUCCAUGCGCGAGUCGAACGCCGAAGUCCACGACAUGACCAACGGCACACCUGCAAGUGACCCUCAACAUUAUGACUGCGACGUCCUGGUCGUCGGGGCGGGCUUCAGCGGUAUCACAGCCAUCCACAGGUUUCGAAAACUGGGCCUGAAGGUCAAGUGCUUUGAAUCAGGUGGUGACUUCGGGGGCGUGUGGUACUGGAACCGUUAUCCCGGAGCUCGCGUCGACUCAGAAUGUCCGUUCUACCAACUGAACAUCCCGGAGGUAUACAAAGACUGGCACUUCAACAAGCGGUUCUCCGACCACAAUGAGCUUCGAGAGUACAUGGCCCACAUCGACAAGGUGCUAGGCUUGAGAAAGGAUGUCACUUUUAAUGCUCGGGUUUGCGAAGGGACCUGGGAUGCUCAGAAGAAUGUCUGGAACAUCAAGACCCAGCAGGGCCACACCGCGAGGGCCAGAUAUUUGAUGCUGGCUUCCGGGCUCCUACAUCGGACGUAUACCCCCGACUUCCCCGGCUUGAAGGACUACAAAGGGGAGGUUUAUCACUCUGGAGAGUGGCCCGAAGACUUCAAUCCGAAGGGAAAGAAAAUUGGCCUGAUCGGAGCGGGUGCCACUGCCGUCCAAAUCACCCAGGAACUUGGGAAGACAGCCGACGAGUUGACGGUGUUACUGCGCCGUCCUAGCUACUGCUUGGCGAUGGGUCAGCGAGAUUGGACUGCCGAAGAACAGAGGCAAUGGAAGACAUUCUAUCCCGCGUUGUUCAAGGCCGGCAGGGACUCGGCGGCAGGUUUCCCCUGUGCCCGUCACGAACUUGGGGUUCACGACGUAACAGAAGAAGAGCGGGAGGCAUACUGGGAGGAUCUUUGGCAGCGCGGGGCCUUCAACUUCCAGCUGGCCAACUUCAACAACGUCAUCCUCGACAAGAAGGCGAACAAGGCAGUGUACGACUUCUGGAGACGGAAAGUAUGUGAACGACUCACAGAUCCAGAGAAGAACAAGAUCAUGGCGCCUGAGGAACCGCCCUACUACUUUGGGACCAAGAGGUCGCCCCUCGAGCAAGACUAUUACGAAGUACUCAACCAACCCAACGUCCACCUGCACAACCUCAGUGAGGUACCACUCAAAUCCUUCCACGAGAAGGGUCUGCUCAUGGCCGACGACAGCCUACACGAAUUCGACGUUGUAGUUCUAGCAACUGGAUUUGACAGCUACACCGGCAGCCUCACGCAGAUGGGGUUGAAGAGCAAAGACGGCGUUGAGCUGGCGGAUCUAUGGAAGGAUGGACUCAACACGUACCUUGGCCUGACGAUUUCUGGAUUCCCCAAUGCGUUCAUGUCAUACACGCCUCAAGCCCCGACGGCACUUUCCAACGGACCUACAAUCAUCGAAGCGCAGGUGGAGACCAUCGUGGACAUGAUCGCCAAGUUGGAGGAUGAGAAGAUCAAGUCGAUCGAGCCCCAGAAAUCGGCCGAGGCAGACUGGAAGGCUCUCUGCAACACCAUGAUGCAGUACACGCUCAUACCGUACACAAACAGCUGGUGGAACGGAGCCAAUAUUCCAGGCAAGAAAUCUGAGAGCAUGAUCUACAAAUUCGAGAUCGUGGAAAGCCACAACAACCUGGCCGUCAUGGCCUCAUCGAAUCGACACAGGAUCGUAGCCUUGGACAAUUGGGUCAAGCCACCGCAGUUAUCGUUCGACUACGACUCAACCCACCACCAUGUCAGCACAAGUCCAGAUCAAUUGGCCGAAAGAAUGAAAGAUGCCACUAUCGUGAUCAUUUCUGGGACCAAAAUGACACGCACUGGGAUCGAGAAUGCACCUCACCUACAGCUGAUUGCCUGCAAUGGCACUGGAACCGAUCAUAUCGACAAGGAGGCAGCGCGAGACCAUGGAGUGGCCGUCUGUCGAGUGCCGGCUCAGAAUACGGAUAGUGUGAGCGAGCAUGCGUUUGCUUUAUACUACGCUAUUCGGAGACGAAUUGUCGAUAUGCACGGCAUUACGAUGGACGGGUCGACGUGGUCGGCCAAUAAUCAACUGGCUCUGAAACUCGGCAAGCCGCCUCGAACCAAUUCAGAGGAGACUCUAGUAGUAAUUGGUUAUGGUGCUUUGGGGCUGAACGUUGAACGGAUCGGCCGAGCUCUCGGGAUGAGGGUGCUCGUUGCAGAGCGGAAAGGCGCUCCUGGAACACGAGAAGAACGGACCGCUUUCGGAGAAGCAAUCAAGCAGGGGACUUUCUUCGUCUUCACGACGCCAUUGGACGACAGCACGAGAGACAUGAUCAACACGCCGGAGCUAGAAGCCAUGGACUCGACAGCACUGCUCAUCAACGUCGGUCGAGGUGGCGUCAUCAACGAAGCAGCUCUUGCGAAAGCGUUGAAGGAAGGCCAGGUCGGAGGUGCGGCAACGGAUGUCUUCGAACAUGAGCCGGCGACGAAGGAGAACUGUCCGCUACUGGACCCCUCAAUACCGAAUCUAAUCCUCUCUCCGCAUGUGGCGUGGUACUCCCAGAGGACGAUAGACGGGACAGUCAAGAUGGUCAAGGCUAAUAUCGAGGGAUUUGUAGCUGGGCGGCCGCAGAAUAUCGUAGUUCCCGGCAAGAGGGUUUGGGGACUAGAAUCAUCAAGCUCAUUGUAA